AUGGCCCCCAUCGAGCGAAUCACCCUCUUCAAGAUCCCCAACGAGGCGGAUCGCGAUCGCGUGCUCGAGCAGUACAAGGUUCUUGCGAAGACCGCCACAAAGGACGGUAAGCCCUACAUCCUCGCUGCGGCUGUCGGGGCUUCGUUCCCGGAUCCAAGGAAUCAGGGAUUCAACUUGUCUGUUAAGACGACUUUUGCUUCGCUUGAUGAUAUGAAAUUCUAUGAUACUCAGUGCGAGGCGCACAAGGCUUUGAAGGCUGUUGCGGGACCCGUGAAGGAGGAUGUGUUGACGACUUACUAUGAAAAUAUCCUGUGA